CCCGGCGGCGGCCGCGCCCCGCACCAUGGAGCGGAACACGGCGGUACGGGAGGGGCUGCGGCGCAGCAACGCCCGCUUCAUGGCCUCCAUGAACCGCAUCCUGGAGCAGUAUAAUCAUCCUUUUGUAGAUGACUUACUUGUUUCCAUGGAUACUCUCACUUAUGAUACACCUGACGGACCAAAACAAUGGGGGCAAGUGUCAAGGAAUGAUGUUAAAAAAUGGAAGGAGAAACUAUUUAAGAAGGAUAGACGAAGGAAUAGAGAAACAUCAAAGCAACAGAGCAGUGAUUUUGAAGAUGAACACUCAACGGUAGAUCAGGAAUCUUCUGAGAACUCUGGUGUGGAUACAUCUGAUAUAGGUGAAGAAAAAGGUGAUACAGGCUCAGUAAGAAGAAAAUUUGAAGAAAUUGACCUCCAGAAUCUGAAUGUAGGUGAUGGACAAAUACAAAAGCCAGAAAGAGUUCAAGUGGAUUUGAUAGUACGGGGUGAUGAGAGAAAUAUUCCCAAAUGGAUAACGAUAACACCUCCACGUCUGUCGAAAGGUCAUCGUUUAACUUCGCCACUGCAAGAACUGCUCGGUGAAGAAAAAGGUGAUACAGGCUCAGUAAGAAGAAAAUUUGAAGAAAUUGACCUCCAGAAUCUGAAUGUAGGUGAUGGACAAAUACAAAAGCCAGAAAGAGUUCAAGUGGAUUUGAUAGUACGGGGUGAUGAGAGAAAUAUUCCCAAAUGGAUAACGAUAACACCUCCACGUCUGUCGAAAGGUCAUCGUUUAAGUUCGCCACUGCAAGAACUGCUCGGCGAUCAAGCUGCUGUUUGCAGAAAGGAGCUAGAGUUGUCAAAUGAAAGUUCUUCAUCCAAAUAUCUACAGUUGCAGCAUUCUCAUGUUCCCAUUUCAUCAAAUACAAUAACAUCCCCUAGACAUCAACCUCUUCCAGAACUGAGCACGACUUUGUGUGAUAGCAUCCAUGAAGAAUACCUGCCUGCAGAUGAGGGAUGCUCCUGGAGCAAUACAACUCUCGCAGACUUGUAUCCCGCAAUGGUGGAGAUACUUACAAAGCUCAUGGCAAAGCAGUCUCAUAGAAGAGUGUUAAAGCACAUUUUUGGACACUUAAGGUCCAAGAGAUGGCAUUUUAGAAGACCAAAACUCAAUAUCACUGUAGACAAAAUGGCAAGGUCCAGACCCUGUAAAUUAAAGAGAGUAUUUCGCAGCCCAUAUAGCUGUAGAAGUGAAGACAAUCAAGCACAUCUAGCUGUAGAAGUGAAGACAACCAAGAAUCCAGCUUUUGGAAAUGAGACCAGAGAAUUCUGUUUUGACAAUUACCUCAUUAGUAAUUCUUCUGGUGUGGUGCCUUAUGCUUAUACUGAUACAAAUGAAAUCAAAAUGGACUACUCUGACUCAAACUCAGAGCAACAUUUGACAUCUAGAAAGGGCCAAGUAGUCUGCAAACACACUGCUUUUCCUGAUGUUAUGGGUAGAAUGGAAGAGACAUUUAUAGUUGAAGAUGAAUUACAGCCUACUGCCUCACCAAAAAAUUCAGAAUACACAGGAAGUGAAAAAUUUGCUUACAAAAGUUUCUCAGAACCCAGUUUUAUAACAUCCACUGUCAGUUCAGAUUCAAGAGUGCCUCAUCUUGUAAAAGAGAGUAAGACUCAGAAAUCCGACUUUGGUGUCUGUACCUCAGAAUUGUGUUCAUGUUCUUGUAGUUCCCAUGGCAAUAGUAACAAUUCUAUACCUAUUACAAAUUGUUCUCCUGCAAGAUCAUCAAAUACUGUGUUCAAAUAUCCUGAAAAAAUAAUUUCUGAAAGGCAAACUUCUUUCCAGCACAAAGACUGGUUUUCCUCCUGUUCUAUGAAGCAGAGUCCUUCAAAGAUGCCCAAUAAAUACAAAGAUGCAUUUGAGGAAUUCUACUACAAAGUGUGUUCUGAAGAAUUCCAAAAGCCUUUGACAUUGACAAGACCUCUUUUAAGCUCUCAGAACCUUGAAGAGAAAGGAAGUUUAGUGAAACGUAGUUUAAGUGAUAUUGGGAGGUCUACUAAACAGUGUGAUAAAGAAUUUGACAGGCUUUAUGAAAAACUGUCUAGGGAGUCUUUUCCAAAAUUUCCUGGGAUUCAGAGAGCUUCAAAUUUGAGAAAAUAUGAAGAAAUACAGAUGCCUGAAACUGUAAAUGCUCUUGUUAAUUCUCCUGUCCGAACUUACUCUGCAAUUUCCAGAGUUAAAAGAGCAGGAAGUUCUCAAAACUAUCUUCCUUGUUCACCAUUAAAGCGACUGAAACUUACACCAGAACAUUGUUUUUCUUCAAGAAAAUAUCAGGAGAUUUUCCACAGUAAAACAGGUCCUCAAACAGCUGGCAUGGAUUUUCUGAGCACAUACAACUGUAACAACUCCAGCUUUUUUAAAGAUCACAGCUAUCAUUAUCAGGGCUCUGGAUCUCAAGAUUCUUCAGAUAAAACUUUUCUUUGUAUUCCUGGCACUUCCCUGCAAGAAUCUAGGACUGCAAGUGAGCACUAUGGGUGGCCUGGGGCAAUGGAGAAUUGCAGCUCUCCCAGAAACGUGAGGAAGCAUCACUCAAGGGUAUACAGAAAACUAAGCUACACUGAUGAGAAAGACCAAUUGUAUGAAUCCCUUCGAUGACUGGUUAAAGCUCACCAAGAGGCAUUCAUGGACAGCUACAGAUAAAACAAUUUUAUAUAGGUUGGGUUUUAUUCAGUAUUGUUUCUUCUAAGAAUCAAGGAUUUAUAAUUAUAUGUAAGCAAUACACAACUCGUUCUGAUUUAUACUUUGCUGUAAGAUAAGUCUUUGGGAAACGGUUUGUCCCUUUUGACUGGGCACUUCUUAGUGCCACUUAAUUUGUGACUAAGUUGGAAUUUUAUAUUUGAUUUUAUUUGUAAUAACAGAAUGUUCUUUUUACUUGCUAAUAAGCUUUAAUUCUUACUGUAUUAAUAAUAAGGAACAAGUUCAUUUCCCUAAAUUGCUGUCUUUUCAUGCUUUUUUGGAUGUAUCAGUACAGACCCCAAAUCACUGCUAUAUGUUAUAACCUGAGUCUCUAUGCAAUGUUAAUAUUAAAAUUUUCUAAGUAGAUCACCAAAGUUGAUCGUUCAAUAAAAUCUUAUACUUUUUAGUAGA